AUGGCUAUCAAGGUGGCCAUCAAGCCUUUAAACCGGCUUAGUCAUAAAAUCUUGGAAACCAACCAAUCAGAGGUGAAAGAAUUCCUACUUUUAGGUUUUCAGAACCUUCAAAUUAUUAAUAUUUUGGUGUUUAUUUUGUUUCUCGUGAUCUAUGUGUUAACGUUAGUCGGGAACCUACUAAUCAUCAUGUUAGUGGCCAAAGUGCAAAGUCUGAACACUCCAAUGUAUUUCUUCCUCACUCAGUUAUCCUUAUCAGAUAUUCUUCUUACCACAAAUAUAACUCCUAACAUGCUCCACGUUACCAUUAAAAAAGGAAGCACAAUAUCCGUUACCGGCUGCAUCGCACAGUUUUAUUUCUAUGGUGUUUCUGCAACAUCCGAGUGUCUUCUUCUCACGGCGAUGUCCUAUGACCGGUAUUUAGCCAUCUGCCGACCACUGCAUUACUCCUCCAUCAUGAGUCUCAGGCUUCGUCUACAACUAGUUCUUUGUUCUUGGACUUUAGCGCUUUUGGUGACAUUAUUCCUAGUUUUUCUGAUUCGUAAUUUAAAGUUCUGCGGUCCCCAUAUAAUUGAUCAUUACUUCUGUGAUCUUGCUCCACUUCUUGAGUUGUCUUGUUCUGAGCACACCAUGGUGGAACUGGCAGACUUAAUUUUAGCCGUACCUUUUGCUUUGGCUCCUUUCUUUUUUAUCCUUUUCACAUAUGUUUCCAUUUUUAUCACUAUUUUUGGAAUUUCAUCCAACAUUGGAAAACAGAAAGCCUUCUCCACCUGCAGCUCUCACUUGAUUGUAGUGUGCACUUACUAUGGGACACUUAUAACAGUUUACAUGGCUCCCUCUAAAGGACAAUCACUUAAUAUCAAUAAAGUCAUAUCUCUUCUUUAUACUAUGGGAACCCCGGCUUUAAAUCCAAUCAUUUAUAGUCUUAGGAACCAAGAUAUUCGAACAGCUCUUGUUAAGUAUAUUUCAAGCUAA